AUGCGGCAAUACAGCUCGUUGGUGCAGGGGCCUUCCUACCCCUUCUCUUCUCGUCCUUUCCUUCCGCAGCUCGCCUCCACCAAGCAGGUGUCCCCCCGUCACCCGCGUAGCAAUCCGGAGAACAGAGGGGGGGUUCAGGAGGGGGAGCGGGGUGUGUGUGGGGGAGAGGGGGAGAGGGGAGGGUGUCGGGUGUGGGGGAGAGGGGGAGAGGGGAGGGUGUCGGGUGUGGGGGAGAGGGGGAGAGGGGAGGGUGUCGGGUGUGGGGGAGAGGGGGAGAGGGGAGGGUGUCGGGUGUGGGGGAGAGGGGGAGAGGGGAGGGUGUCAGGUGUGGGGGAGAGGGGGAGAGGGGAGGGUGUCGGGUGUGGGGGAGAGGGGGAGGGGGGAGGGUGUCGGGUGUGGGGGAGAGGGGGAGAGGGGAGGGUGUCGGGUGUGGGGGAGAGGGGGAGAGGGGAGGGUGUCAGGUGUGGGGGAGAGGGGGAGAGGGGAGGGUGUCGGGUGUGGGGGAGAGGGGGAGGGGGGAGGGUGUCGGGUGUGGGGGAGAGAGGGAGGGGGGAGGGUGGCGGGUGUGGGGGAGAGGGGGAGAGGGGAGGUUGUCGGGUGUGGGGGAGAGGGGGAGGGGGGAGGGUGUCGGGUGUGGGGGAGAGGGGGAGGGGGGAGGGUGGCGGGUGUGGGGGAGAGGGGGAGAGGGGAGGGUGUCAGGUGUGGGGGAGAGGGGGAGAGGGGAGGGUGUCAGGUGUGGGGGAGAGGGGGAGAGGGGAGGGUGUCGGGUGUGGGGGAGAGGGGGAGAGGGGAGGGUGUCAGGUGUGGGGGAGAGGGGGAGAGGGGAGGGUGUCGGGUGUGGGGGAGAGGGGGAGAGGGGAGGGUGUCGGGUGUGGGGAAGAGGGGGAGAGGGGAGGGUGUCGGGUGUGGGGGAGAGGGGGAGAGGGGAGGGUGUCGGGUGUGGGGGAGAGGGGGAGAGGGGAGGGUGUCGGGUGUGGGGAAGAGGGGGAGAGGGGAGGGUGUCGGGUGUGGGGGAGAGGGGGAGAGGGGAGGGUGUCGGGUGUGGGGGAGAGGGGGAGAGGGGAGGGUAUCGGGUGUGGGGGAGGGGAACAGAGCCCCACCGUCCGUGUCGCUGUGGCAUAG